AUGGCAACUACAUCAUCGCUCAAGUGUUCCAGUUGUGGAAACAACACAUUCACAAGGGACAUACAUACGUCCUCUUCCGACUUGUCCUGUACGGUAUGUGGUGUCGUGCUAGAGGAGAACCCGAUCGUCUCGGAAGUGACGUUUGGUGAGACAGCAAGUGGAGCUGCAACCGUUACCGGUGCCUUUGUUGGCUCGGACCAGGCGCGUGCUAACUUUUCUGGGAACAGAAACGCACUGGAAUCCAGAGAACAGACUCUUUCCAACGGUAAAAGGAAGAUAAAAAACGUCGCCUUGGCCCUGAGAAUACCCGAUUAUAUUUCUGACUCGGCAUAUAGUUGGUUUCAACUAGCUUUAGCCCAAAACUUUGUGAGGGGAAGAAGGUCCCAGAACGUUAUUGCUGCUUGCCUUUACAUAGCGUGCAGAAAGGAAAAGACUCAUCAUAUGCUAAUAGAUUUCUCUUCAAGAUUGCAGGUGUCGGUUUUUGCUGUUGGAGCAACUUUCUUGAGGCUGGUUAAGACAUUACACAUUCACGAUCUUCCCUUGGCCGACCCUUCUUUGUUUAUUGAGCAUUUCGCUGAGAAGCUAGAUUUCGGGGACUUGAAGUCCAAGGUGGUGAUUGAUGCCACCAAACUGUCACAUCGCAUGGCAAAAGACUGGAUUAAUGAGGGAAGACGACCAGCCGGGAUUGCUGGCGCCUGCUUGCUUCUUGCGGCCAGAAUGAACAACUUCAGAAGAACUCACUCUGAGAUCGUUGCAGUGACACGCGUAGGUGAAAUCACUAUUCAAAGAAGAUUGAACGAAUUUAAGAGUACGAAAGCCGGUACUUUGACGGUGAAUGAAUUCCGCGAGGCUGACCGAAUUGAAGGUUCCUUACCACCCUCAUUUGUCAGGAGCAGACAGAAAGAAGAUGUGAUGCGCAUGAAGUACAAAAAGUAUCAGGAAUCUGAAACUUUUGAGAACGGCGACAGCGAUCUUUUGAAGAGUGUGUUAAAGGACGGUGUGUUGGCUGAAAACGAAGUGUCGGAAUACUUGAAAAGAAUAUUGGAGAAACAGAGGGAGCAUCUAUCUAGACAGCUCAAGAGCGUUCCUGUACUCGAGAUCAACUACAAAUCGAAGGAGAUAGAUCCUAUAAUGAGAAUGAUCGAUGAAAACAGACCGAAGAACCUGGCUGGAUCUUUGCCCAAAACCCAAGACCUUUUGGCAAAAGUGUCGUCAGGACCUAUAGGUCCGGAUGAUAUGGACGAGGAUGAGAUGGCUUCGAUGUUAUUGUCCGACGAAGAGUCGAAGCUGAAAGAACGAGUCUGGGUUGGCCUCAACCAAGAUUUCCUCAUUGAGGCAGAGAACAAACGUCUCAAGCAGGAAGCUGACCGUGUGGCAGGUCAUAAUCAACCCGCGAAGCGGAGGAGAAGAUAUAAAACUGAGAAUGUUGACCCAGACUUGGCGGAGCUGGCAUCCAACGAUCCCACCAAGAUGGGGCUUAAUGCAGCGGUCACCGAACUUGGGGAAGAGAUGAGUGCAGCCCAAAGCACCAGAAGUAUGUUGCAGAGGAAACCUUUCUCGAAAAAGAUUAACUACGAUGCCGUUAUGCUUAUGUUUCCAGAGGAGGAAAACCAAUAG